UACAACUUCCUCUAAAAAUAAAAUAAACUAUACAACUUGAUUUAAUUUAACUUCAUUUGAUACAUCCUGUUCGUCACCGGCACUCUGGCAGCACUCUACAGCACCGCCGCAACAACACAAUGAAAGACGAUUCCCAAUCCGAUACAUCUUCCGUUCUCCGUCUCAACAUCGGAGGGAAGAAAUUCUGGACGACAAUCGAUACAAUGACACAUCGUGAGCCAGAUUCAAUGCUCGCUGCUAUGUUCAGUGGUCGCCAUACUCUCUCUCAAGAUCCUCACAAGGGAUAUGUGUUUGUUGAUAGGGAUGGGACGCACUUCAGACACAUUCUCAAUUGGUUAAGGGACGGCGUGGUGCCCACUCUAGAGGAAGCCGAAUAUACAGAGCUGUUGAGGGAAGCUGAGUACUAUCAGUUACUUGGGCUUAUAGAUGGAAUCCAAGAUGUCCUUAGUAAGAGGAAGGAAGAUGAUGAGCUCCGAACAGAAUUGACUCGCACUGAUAUCAUCAAGUGUAUACAAUCUGAGAAAGUCAGGUUUCGAGGGGUUAAUCUUUCUGGCAUCGACCUCUCUAAACUGGAUUUAUCAUUCGUGGAUUUCAGCUAUGCUUGUCUUAAAAAUGUCUUCUUUUCAAGAGCAAAUCUUCAAUGUGCAAAGUUUCGGGAUGUUGAUGCCGAGGGCUCCAUCUUUCACAAUGCAAAUUUGCGUGAAUGUGAGUUUACUGGGGCAAAUCUCCGUGGUGCUUUAUUGGCUGGGGCGUGCCUUCAGAGUGCAAAUCUACAAGAUGCUUGUUUAGUAGAUUGUAGCUUCUGUGAAGCAGACCUGCGAUCUGCACAUCUACAGAAUGCUGAUCUUAUCAAUGCCAAUUUGGAGGGAGCUAAUCUGGAAGGAGCUAAUUUAAAGGGUGCAAAGCUGAACAAUGCCAACUUGAAGGGUGCUAACCUUCAACGAGCGUAUAUGCGUCAUGUAGAUCUUAGAGAUACGGACUUGGAAGGAGCAAGACUUGAUGGUGCCAAUUUGCUUGGAGCAAUCAGAUGAUAUUUGGACCGAAGAGUGAAGAUAUUAAACUUGAGAAGUGGGAUGUGGUUAAAGAAUUUCAAGAUGAGUUGACUUGGGAAGGUGAAAGUUGUCAUAUUUCGAAAGUACUUACUAUUGCUGCUCAUGAAGUUGUGCAUCGGGGCGUUGAUUGAUGCAAUGGUUGUACCUGUUGAUGAUCUUCUCCAACAUGCUGUCAUUGUAAGGAGGAAGCCAUUUAGGCUUUUGUUGUUCAUAUUUGGUAUUUUAUUGUGUGGUUUUUUGUUAAUGUAUCUAGUGAUAGAAAGUUGCAAUAUUACUAAUACUUAUGAUAUGUGAACCAUCUGGUGUAUAGCACUGUUUCUAAUAACAUUUAAGCACGAUCUGUAUGGUUAAAAACCUGAUAAUUGUGAUA